AUGGCCAGCCAAGACGACGAGCCAGCGCAGGCGCAGUCAGCCGAGGACCGGCGGACGGCGGCGGCGCUAGCGAGCCUGGACGAGGACGGGCCGGGGUCGGCGGCGGCGGCGUCGUCGUCGGGCGCCGCGGCCAUCGACCAGGCGGCCGUCGGCGAGGCGGUGCGCAGCCUCGGCGGCGCCCCCGCCCCCGCCGAGCCCCGCAAGAAGGUCAAGGUCGACGCCGCCGACGUGGCGCUGCUGGUCGACGAACUCGACCUGCCCAAGGCCCGCGCGACCGAGCUGCUCAAGGCGCACGACGGCGACGCCGUGCAGGCGAUGCGCGCGUUCGUCACGGCGUGA